AUGGACGCUGUCUCUGUCUCCGUCCCCGCCUUCCCGUCCCUGCCCUCCUUCAACCUCGGCGUCGCCCACACCCUCCUCAAGCCCACCACCUGGAUUGUUGUUCUCGCUACCCUUGUCGUCCUUUCUAGUAUACGAGCCGCCCUCCUCUAUGUACGCCCCCCAACAUGGACAGAAGGCCGCAAGAGGGUGUCUUUUGUCGCUAUCGCAAAACAGGAGUCCGGCUCCACAUCAGUGGGAGCGUCCUCACCGGCAUCGGAAUCUCGGUCUCAGCCAGGGCGCGAAAAGCCCUCUUCCAAGGCCUCAGAACCAGCACAGACAGACAGCAAGAAGACAAGCUCAUGGCUUUGGGGCCUCGUGAAAUGGGACAGCCUCCCAGCUGCUCCCCCGCGAUCAGAGCGUGGAGGUUGGCAAGCACCGUCGACGCCGCAGAUGCAGCAGACAAGACGGCCAGGGCCUGCAUUCGACCAUCCUCUACCAGCUCUCUAUGAUACCCAAGUACCCGCGUCCAUGGCCAAGAUGAUCAUGUCUCGACAUACAUUCCGCCGACCAGCAUCUCGUCCACCACCUGUGCGCGCCACCAAUGUGCCUCAGUAUCAGCGGAGAACACCGAGUAUGGUUUAG